AUGUCCUCUUCUACGAAGUCCACCGUGCUAUUGUCUCUCCGCCGCUUGGAUGUCUCCAGUGAAACAAGGAAACCGCGUGAUGGCUUUGGUCGGCUUUCGAUCCCAGCCAUGGCAAAUCGCGUACCCUCAGAUCCGGUGAUGUAUAAGCUCUCUACGGCUGGAGCCUCUGGAUCGGAAGCUCCGAACUUACCGAUGACGGUGGAUCUCUCCUGCAUGUUGACGUCGCUAGGCUUUCCGAGCCUGCCUCCACCAAAACCGCCGAAUCCAUCGGAAUUAGUCUCGGCCUCUCCGAGCUCUACCUCAAAGCUUCACCACCACCGCGACCUCGCUGCUCAUCACCACUAUCGACGGGUUCUACCCUCAACCCUUCAUCCUUGGCCGAGAUCUCAUGGUGAGAUCUCUUGCUUUAUCAUCUCGGCAACUGAGCUUCACUCGGACUUAAAUCCGUCACAUCUUUCGUGGCAUUGGUCCUCAUGUUCUCCGGGCUCACCGACGACAAAGCUCCUCCUCCGUCAUUCGGACUUAAAUCCGUCACACCUUUCGUGGCGGUGGUCCUCAGGAUCUCCGGACUCACCGACGACAAAGCUCCUCCUCCGCGCUCUAUAUCCUCCCCCUACCGACGCUGGACUUUUGAGCCAGUAUCCCUCGAAGCCCAAGCAGGACUUAAACCCGAGACACCCAAUCGAGUGGCGGUGGUCCCAGAGCCGACUGAACAUUCCGAUGACCGGAUUGCUCCUCUUCCGAUAUGUAGGUGGGGCUUUCAUCUCAUUUGUAUUGUUGGGCCGAAAUGAAGAAAAUUACUUAGUGGAUUUGGUUUGGGAUCUUUGUUUAGAGGGUCUGGUCCAUAGUUGCUUUUUUUACUUAGUGGACCUUCUCCUAAGGCUUAAUCUAUCAUAUUGUGUCACUAGUGCCAUAUUUUGGUAUCUAGGAGGUGAGUGUAAAUCCAGGAACUUAGUUUUCUCGGUGACUCGAUCUAAAGCCCGUGGUGCUUUUAAAGAAGGUAAAAGGACUUUCUCGGUAAAAUCCGAAUCCUUACAAUUGGCUCGAGUCAUAUAUUUUGGCUCGAUAGUUUCCAAACACCAUGGUUUACUCCAUGAUUUGUCAUCUUUUUCCACAAGAUUUGAGUUUAUCCGCUUUAGUUUCAUCUUGGCAUGGCAUGCCUUUGUAACCGAAUUCUGA